GGCCUGCAUCACCACUCUUAAAAGGCUCCCAGGGCCACUCCUCACAGCAGCUGCCGACCAGCCGUACGCUUGCCUCCCUCCCUGUCUGCCUCGGCUUGCCUUUAAUGCCUGGCUCUUCAAGCUCUUGGAGUGUGUGACAAGGCCGGGACCAUGUCUACCUUCGGCUACAGAAGGGGACUUAGUAAAUAUGAAUCGAUUGAUGAGGAUGAACUUCUGGCCUCCCUGUCAGCUGAGGAGUUGAAGGAGCUGGAGAGAGAGCUGGAAGACAUUGAACCUGACCGAAAUCUCCCUGUGGGGCUAAGGCAAAAGAGUCUGACGGAGAAAACCCCCACAGGGAACUUCAGCAGAGAGGCGCUGAUGGCUUAUUGGGAAAAGGAGUCUCAGAAACUUCUUGAGAAGGAACGCCUCGGGGAAUGUGGAAAGGUUGCAGACGAAGACAAGGAAGAGAGUGAGGAAGAGCUAAUCUUUACUGAGAGCAACAGUGAAGUCUCUGAGGAAGUGUGUACAGAGGAGGAAGAGGAGGAGGAGGAGGAAGAACAGGGAUCUCAAGAGGAGGAGGAAGAGGACAGUGAGGAAGAGGAAACUACAUCUGAAGCUACAAAGCAUAUGAAUGGAACUGUAAGUUACAACAAUGUUAAUUCUGAUAACUCAAAGCCAAAGACAUUUAAAAGCCAAAUAGAAAAUAUAAAUUUGAGCAAUGGCAACAGCGGAGGGACACAUAGGAACACAGAGUCGCCAGCCGCCGCCAUUCACCCUUGUGGAAAUCCCACUGUUAUUGAGGAUGCUCUGGAAAAGAUUAGAAGCAAUGACCCCGACACCACAGAAGUUAAUCUGAACAACAUCGAGAACAUCACCACCCAGACCCUGUCUCGGUUUGCCGAGGCUCUCAAGGAGAACACCGUAGUGAAGACGUUCAGCCUGGCCAACACGCGUGCUGACGACGCUGCCGCGACUGCCAUUGCAGAGAUGCUCAAGGCCAACGAGCACAUCACCAGUGUGAACGUGGAGUCCAACUUCAUCACGGGCAAGGGGAUCCUGGCCAUCAUGAGAGCCCUGCAGCACAACACAGUGCUCACGGAGCUGCGCUUCCACAACCAGAGGCACAUCAUGGGCUCCCAGGUGGAGAUGGAGAUUGUCAAGCUGCUCAAGGAGAACACCACGCUGCUGCGGCUGGGCUACCAUUUUGAGCUCCCAGGACCAAGAAUGAGUAUGACGAGUAUCUUAACAAGGAAUAUGGAUAAACAGAGGCAAAAACGCAUGCAGGAGCAAAAACAGCAAGAGGGGUAUGAUGGAGGAGCUACGCUUAGGACCAAAGUCUGGCAAAGAGGGACGCCUGGUUCUUCUCCAUACGCGUCCCCGAGGCAAUCUCCCUGGUCGUCACCCAAAGUCUCCAAGAAAGUCCACACUGCGAGGAGCCGACCUCCAUCUCCUGUGGCCCCGCCCCCACCCCCUCCCCCUCUUCCUCCCCAUCUGCUGCCUCCUCCUCCUCCUCCCCCUGCUCCUCCACUCCCGGAGAAAAAGCUCAUCACCAGAAACAUUGCAGAAGUCAUUAAACAACAGGAAAGUGCCCAGCGGGCUCUACAAAACGGACAGCGAAAGAAAAAAGGGAAAAAGGUUAAGAAACAGCCAAACAAUAUCCUAAAGGAAAUAAAGAAUUCUCUGAGGUCAGUGCAAGAGAAGAAAAUGGAGGACAGCUCCCGGCCCUCCACCCCACAGAGGUCAGCGCAUGAGAACCUCAUGGAAGCCAUUCGGGGGAGCAGCAUAAGACAGCUACGGAGGGUGGAAGUUCCUGAUGCCCUGAGAUAGAACGCCUUGUAGAAGAGGACCUGGAACUGUUUAGUGGUGUGACCUGAGGUGCAUCGUGAGCUGCUUCCGAACUGCCUUCUUUAAUUUGAAAUAUUCCCCCACUUCAAAGAUAGUAUCACUAUGAAAUUCCAAUGGGAAUUUUAAGAAGCAAUCAGCAUAUUUCUUCUGUAAAUAUGAAAAUAAACUUCUUUUUUUUAUGUCGUGAGAUUCAUAUGGGCAGAAGCCUCGCAAGAUCUCUUUGCAUCUCUGGUGUCUCAAUUACUGAGCUUGAAUCACUUAAAGAAAUGUGGUAUUAUUUUUGUAAUCCAAAUAACCUUAAGGUUCUUUUUUCUUUUUUAAAGAGAAACUAAUAUUUUUCUGUGAGUUAUUACAUCUGCUGGGUAUGUGUAAUAUUGCUAAAUAUUAAAGUCAUUAUGUUCUCACACCAAAAGGGUUCAUGCCCUUAGCAUUUGCUUGCUUUCUUCAUACCCAAGAAAGUCUGGCCAAAUCUCUCUCUGCAAGAUUAAAUUAAAGAGGCUGUUUGGGAAGUCUGGGACAGGU